ACUGUUUGUUGUGAAGCCAAGAGAGACAGGUGGAAGCCGGUCGAGGCAAAACACUGUGGAUUUUAUUCAUAAACACGAAUAGACAAUAAAUUCGAACAGUAAUCAUUGCAUCGAAUGGUAUGGAAACAGAAUAGAAUCGUCCUCAAACCUAUUGACAACUUAUUGGCGCAACAAACAAAAGUCAUUCUCUCCUUGUUCAUUGUAAGGCUAGUCUCCGGUGUCAAAAGUCGUUUAUCGUAGCAUUCGGCAUUCCGUGCAAACAAAGAAACACAAGAAACGGCAGCCACAUAACUAAAUUUGUUCCGGCUUAUCGCUGAAAAAUAUUCAAACAGUCCCCAGCUGGGAGAACGGCAUAAAGAAAAUCUCCAUUGCGUUCAAUAACCUCAACCUGUGAUAAUAAUGGUGCAAAUAACUCAGACAGAUGAAGAAAUAAAAAUUAUAAUUGAACUGAAUCGCUUGAUAACCCGCAAGCCAGACAUUGUCCUUUUGCCCACAUAUCUUAAAUUCAACAAUCCUCCGAUUUUCUUCGAGCGCCAUCUUACCCAGGAAAUCGAUGAGAUGGCCAGUUUUUGUCGCAUCCUCAAGAACGAGGCUCGCAUUGUUCUCAUCAAAAAAGAAAAGGGCAUGUGGCCAGAAAUCUUCCAAAAGCUAAGCAAGGAAGAGCUGUUUCAAAAACGUCUGGAAGUCUCUGAUCAAAUUGUACUAAGGAAUAAGGAAAGAGAUGAAAAGGCUUUGGAACGUUAUGAGCUCAAGAGACGAAAUGAAAUUGAUCGGGAGGUACGGCGUGAGACAGUUAUGCGCGAAAGGGUGAAGCAAUUCCAUGAGCAGGCAUGUCGGGAGGCCAUGACAGUUGCUCCCAAAGAAACUCACAUGAAGACCAAGGGGGACCUCAGCAGCCAUGGCUCAUCUUCGGCCAGAGCAUCUAGUCGCGUAGGUACCCCAAUUGCACCACGUUCGAUGCCAGCUUUGCGCAGCAGUGCCAGAAUUAAUGUUCAGUUUUCCACAUUCAAAUUUGAUACACCCAAGCGGGAGUCACAGGAGGGCAUUCAACGGCCAUUUGUGGUGGAGAGUGUGCCUAGGUCAACGGAUUCCAAUGAAUCAAAUACCUCAGCCCAGCCCUAGAUGUGUAAUCAUUCAAUCGAAAUUGUUAUGUUUACUUCAUUUGAAAUAAAACUGUUUUUUUUGUACUUAAUCUAAA